AGAGGGUACAUGUAAUUACGAAUUAUUCAUCUGCGCUCUAGUCUGAGUUAAUUGAUUAUUUUCUUAACAAAUGUCCCUGUGUUUUAUUAAUUAUGGUGUAAUUCUUAAAUUAAAAUUACCUGUUGAUCAUUCUUUUGAAUGAAUGGUUACUCUGGGUGUAUGAAUCACCAUUGGAUUGAUUGUAAAACCUAUUUGUUUUUCACUUUUUUACUCUACUCUCUCCUAGCUUAUGCUUAGCUUGGUAACCUCGCUUUAUCAUGGGAGGUAAUAUAUCUCAACUGGAGAAGGAAUUGAAUUGUGAAUCAUUAACUGUUAAUGAACAUUACUUUGGACUUGUCAACUUUGGUAAUUCUUGUUAUUGUAAUAGUGUUCUUCAAGCGCUGUAUUUUUGUCGCCCUUUCCGGCAAAAAGUGUUGGAAUAUAAAGCCAAAAAUAAAAGAGUAUCUCAAAAUAAGGAAACCUUGUUAACAUGUUUAGCUGAUUUAUAUCAUCACAUCGCUACACAGAAAAAGAAGACUGGAACCGUUGCCCCGAAAAAGUUUAUUGCUCGUCUGAAGAAAGAAAACGUUGUUUUUGAUAAUUUUUUACAACAAGAUGCCCAUGAAUUUUUCAAUUACCUGUUAAAUACUAUUGCAGAUUUAUUGGCUGCUGAAAAAUCUGGUAAUCAAACUGGACCCACCGAUAAUAAUGGUAAAAACAAUUCAGACAGCAAUCGAACUUGGAUCCAGGAUAUUUUCCAAGGAACAUUGACCAAUGAGACUCGUUGUCUAAAUUGUGAAUCCUUAUCAUCUAAAGAUGAAGAUUUUUUAGACUUAAGUGUUGAAAUUCAGCAAAAUACUUCUAUAACGCAUUGUUUACGAGUUUUCAGUAAUACAGAAACACUAUCUUCGGAGCAUAAAUAUUAUUGUGAAAAUUGUUGUUCCAAACAGGAGGCUCAAAAGCGUAUGAGAAUCAAAAAAUUACCUAUGAUAUUGGCACUUCAUCUUAAAAGAUUUAAAUAUAUGGAAUCACAGAAUAGGCAUACCAAAAUUUCCUAUCGUGUCGUAUUUCCAUUAGAGUUAAGGCUGUUUAAUAAAGCAUCCAAUAAAGGCGGUGAUGAUAAGCUUUAUGAUCUGGUUGCAGUUGUUAUACAUUGUGGUCCCGGUCCUAACAGAGGUCAUUAUAUAACUAUAGUCAAAUCAUUCGGCUUUUGGUUACUCUUCGAUGAUGAAAUGGUUGAAAAAAUGGAUGUUUCCUCAAUUGAAGAUUUCUAUGGAAUAACGAGUGAUACCCAGAAAAGUAGUGAAUCUUGUUACAUUCUGCUUUAUCAAGCCAGAGAAUCCAUGCUAUCAUCCUGAGAAACAACUUCUCUUAAUAACUUAUCAAGUCGUAAAAAGUCAUGAUCAUAUUCAAAAUGUGUAAAUAAUUCUCAGAUGCGAUUAUCUUUUUCCAAAAAUAGAUCAUCAUUUAUUAAAUGUUAGAUAAUUUUUUGUCAAUCUUUGAAAUCAUGUUUCUUCAACCUUACCUGAUUCAGAGGGUAACUUAUCAAACGGAAUUAAAUAGUACAAGUUUUUUUAGAAAA